AUGAAUUCGCUGAAUAUCUUGUCGUCCCGAGUCAUUGGCCAGCCUACCAGCCCGAGUAGAAGUCGCCAACGGUCUCGAUCGCAAGGAGAGAUUUCCCGAUCACUCGAACCUGGCGACCUUGCCAAAUUUCGAUCCUACAGCGAGAGCAACUUCCAUGCCUCGGAUUACCAUGAGAAAGGCCACGAUGAAACGCCCGGCGCGCCGCAUGAUGUCGACCAUCACGAGUACACGCUUGACGAGAAAUCGCCCUUGUUACGAAGUUUGUCUAAAGAUCGCUCCUUGGCCACAAACAGCUCCCUAGGGCUGUUUGUACACCGGUUCUUCGAUGCGAUCGCGGAAACGAUCAAGUUUAUUCUUUCCACCUUGGCUGCCCCCGGAUUCUUCGUCGCCCACUGCUUUCGCGAGGAUGACGGGCAUUAUUCCCCACUGACACCGUUCCGCAAAAUAAGCCGCUUGUUUUUCCGCCGUUCUACGCAGUCUGGCCCUGGCGCGCUGGGCAAAGGAGGGACUCCAAUAAAUGGCAAACAACGAACAUCACGACGACCCAAAACCCAUAGAUCACGCGAAUCCAUUGCCUCAAGCACGUCCGAGUCGGAGGCAGACCGGCGAAGCACCAAGGGACUCAGCAGCAGUCCUUCUCGGUCCGUCAAGUCUAAAUCCCCAGGUUCGGAGCAUGUUCCAGAUGAAAACGCUCCCCGACGGUCCAUUCGAAUCAAGCUCCAUAACGAAGAAACCCUCCAACGGCAACGUCAGCGUCGUUCCCAGAGCGCGGACCUUGGUCAGACGUCGCAAAAUGGAUCCCAGGGCACGCUCAAUCUCGAUAGCCUGAAGUCUCCUACCUCCCCGUCUGUGCAUCGCGUCACUCGAUACCCGCAUUCGCCCGUUCCUCCUCGUCCCCUGAUUCCUCAGCGUAUACCUUCCUACACAGCCAAUCUACGCAGCACGAAAAGCCCGCAAAAGACCCUCGUUCUUGAUCUCGACGAAACCCUUAUCCAUUCUCUAGCCAAGGGCGGUCGCAUGUCCAGCGGUCACAUGGUUGAAGUCAAGCUGUCAACACCCAUGACGACCGCCCUGACUCCGGGCGGGCCACCCACCACGCUUGGUCCGCAACAUCCCAUUCUAUACUAUGUCCACAAACGGCCACACUGUGAUGAGUUCUUGCGCAAAGUGUGUAAGUGGUACAAGCUUGUGGUAUUCACUGCGAGUGUGCAAGAGUAUGCCGACCCGGUCAUCGACUGGCUGGAACAGGAGCGGAAAUACUUCCACGCGCGGUACUACCGGCAACACUGUACCUUUCGCAACGGCGCUUACAUUAAAGAUCUCAGUUCUGUUGAGCCAGACCUGAGCAAAGUGAUGAUCCUGGACAACAGUCCGAUGAGUUAUAUUUUUCACGAAGAUAACGCAAUUCCCAUUGAGGGCUGGAUUAAUGAUCCGACAGAUAACGGGUUGCUCCACCUCGUCCCCAUGUUAGAAGCUUUACAGUAUGUGACCGAUGUGCGGGCUUUUCUGGCCUUGCGUAGAGGAGAAACAGAAGCUUAA